AUGAGGAGCUCCGUGGUGCACGCGCCGGCCGGAACGGGCGCCGCGGCGCUGCUGGGCCACCCGCUGGUGGUGCUGUCGGAGAAGCCAGCGCCGCGGCUGACGCGGCUGCUGGUGAACGUGACGGUGGAGCGGAGCCUGUGGCCGGUGCACGUCGUGCUGGGCGCCGACGCCACCGUGGCCGACCUCGCGCGCGCCGCAGUCGCCGCCUACGUCGUCGAGGGACGCAGGCCGCCGCUCCCCGCCGACGCCGACGCCAACGACGUCGACGCGGCCGCACGGUUCGAGCUGCAUCUCUCCAAGUACUCCCUCGACGCUCUCAACCCCGACGAGAAGGUGCUGGAUCUGGGGUCUCGCAACUUCUUCCUCUGCGCCAGAAGAUUCUGAGUGAUUACCCCCGAUGCAUGCUGUCCUCUCCGCACCGCCUCCGCCUCCACGUAGAGUUCGGCCAAGGCCCAAGGAAUUGAUGUACUGUACGUGUUCGGCGUCCUCUCACGUUGGUCAGAGGUAGAGGAGAUACGUUUCGCGCGCUCCAGCAUGGUUUACGCAGGCCUGCAGCACCGUACAGCAAAGAGGCUGCGAAGAGAAUAAAAAAAAAGAUGAGAGGAGAAACGAUGUGACUAAUUGUAUUUGUCGAUCAUCUCAAAAAAAAGAAAUUGUAUUUGUCGAUUGGUCCGUCAUUAAAUUAAAUCUCAGUUAGCACUCGUGA